AUGGUGAUCAUGAGAAUCCGAAACGGUAACGGUUUCACGGAAGAUAUUAGGCGCGAUCGCCAUGAUGCUAUUGCAACUCGACGAAGGGCUCGCGAAGAAGAUUCGAAACAGGCAGCGAUUGUGACAAAACAACAGAUAGCAGCAGCUGAGGCUAACGAGAAGGCGAAGGAAGAGUUUCGGGCCCACUUGGCUGAUCGACUCGAGAAAGUGGCUCGCAGUAUCGGAAAGGACUUGAGUGAAAAUGCCAAACGACGAGAAGAGGAGGAAAACCGUCGGCUAGAGGCUCAGUUGCAGGCCGUUGAGAUAGCUUAUCAAAAGGCUGAGGCAAAUAAACGUGUUCGUCAGGAGGAGACGAGGAGGGAGAUAUUGGAGGGCCUCUCACAACAUAUAAGACAGAAAGCGAAAGUCAAGGAAGUCGAGGAAGCUGUGAACAAGCGACAGGGAGAAGAAAACCACAAGGUCGCCAUAGAGGCAUUGAAGGACGAAGAGGAAGAAAACCGUCGAAGGCGACAAAAGAGGGCUGCUAUGGAUGAGGAACUGGAGAAGCAGAUUUGGUUCACUAAGUUGACAACGGAGGAGGACAGAAUGGAGAUGGAUCUCCAACGGCGAGAACUCGAACUGAAUCAGCCCCUGCUCCGGGAAAUGGCGGCCCAUGGCUAUAAGGAGGAGAAGUGCAGAGAACUCCUUCUAUCCCCUCAAGUUGACUUGACACAUGAGUAA